GUGCAUUUCUAGGGUUUAUUGUGAUCCCAAAUUCUCUCUGUCUCUAGUCUAGGGUUUCGCCGCCUCUACUAAGAAAUCAUGGCUCGCCGAAGCUCUGGAAGAUCUGCUCGUCCUGCCCCCCGUGCUGCCCCUCGUCCUGCUCCAGUAAACCAUGCUCCUCCACCAGCUCCCAUGCAAAGUAGUGGUGGUGGAUCCAUGCUUGGUGGUAUUGGUUCUACCAUAGCUCAAGGUAUGGCCUUUGGCACCGGAAGUGCUGUGGCACACAGGGCUGUAGAUGCUGUCAUGGGUCCACGCACCAUUCAACAUGAAACUGUUGCUUCUCAGGCACCUGCUACAGCUGCUCCAAUGACUAGCGGUGCUGGUUCAGAUGCUUGCAGUAUGCACACUAAGGCAUUCCAUGAUUGCAUUAAUAGCUCCGGAAGUGACAUUGGCAAGUGUCAGUUCUACAUGGACAUGUUGUCCGAGUGCAAGAGGAACUCAAUGAUGAAUGCCUAAGCUUUUGUUGGUUGGGUGUUACUUUUAUAAUGUUAAACUCAUUCUUAAUGGUAUUGUUGGAAUUAUGAU